AUGACUUCGACACCCGAGGCCGAAGGCAGCGAAGAUGUGAACGACUUCCUCCAACGAAUCAGAGAGCUGGGCGAAAAGCGCGACAGGGAAGACGAAGACCGCACAAAGAAGCUGGAGGAGGAGAUUCUGCAGGGCCGCAAGGAGAGACAGGCCCGGAGAGCUGAGCGAGCACGGUCAAUAUCGCCAACAAAAGACUCUUCUCCAAUCCUCGACCCCGCCCGACUGAGCAUGUCGUCGUUGAGUCACAGAGCGAUUGACCCUCCAGAACAGCUCGAGCCGACGACUCCCCGCACCCCCGUCCAUGACACCUAUAGUGCGCCUACUUCGUUCCGAGAAGAGACGCCAGCAUCCAUAGAGAAUAGUCCCACAGGGCCGAGACCAGAAGCAAACGAGGCGGGAGUGUCCCCAAAAGCUUCUUCCACGUUGCGGAGCAGAGCUGGAACCUUAUCCUGGCAACAGCGACCGAGUUCUCGGGAUCUCAGCGGUAAUCGCUCCUUAUUUUCUACCUCGCCUUCGCGUGAGAACCGCUGGAGGGCUAUGUCAAAUACAUCUUCGACCGCUGAACCUGGAGUGGCACGCAAACCCUUAGCUUCUGUACCCACGUCGCGGGAAUCAUCUGUUUUGCCCCAGGCCGAGGAGGAGAGAGUUCCAAAACAAGACAUACCGAUUGAGGAGCCGAAAGCUGAGCCGCUCUAUGAUGCCAAGCGUAAAGGAUCCGAAACAGAAGAGCGUACGGAUCUAGAGAAGGAGAACGGUCACCCAGAUACAACAGAUGAACAAUCGCCGCCCCCGUCAAGGGCUGGCUCGAGUUUUGCGGACAGUAGCCGGGGGAAUCGAUACUCAAGCAUAUCAUCCGUUUCGACAGCCACCGGUCUGGGGUCUCCGCUACCCUUGUCUAGCGCACAGAAAUUCGAGCCACCUAAGGCUGAUGGAGGUUUGGACAACCAGACAUCCCCAACCUCGCCACGGCGGCUUUCACCAGAGCGUUCGACCUCGCCAACCAAGGGUCUUGGGGGCUUCGUCCAAAGUGCUAUGCUGAGACGAUCAGAUAGCGUAUCCAAGCGGUGGAGUGCUCAACUUCCAUCGGGACUCAACCGGGGUGGUUCUUUUGCCAGCAACCGCAAUAGUUUUGCUGCACCAAGUAACACGGAUAUCUCCACCACACCCAAACUGAGCCGUGAAGGCUCUUCGCCGUCACCCCAGCGGCCUACAUCAAGUCACAGCGAGGCGACAACAGUCGGUCAACCGAAAGACGACGAACGACCAACAACGCCCUCAGUUUCAGGCAGGAGUGAGAGUGCGAGCAGGCCUCCUUUUCCAUUACAUGCGAGGUCUAGUAGUACCAUGAGCGUCGAGAGCCCCGUUGACUCCAACUCAAGGCCAACAACACCUGUUUCUAGGACAAUGGACCCUAAGAGAUGGAGUCCGACCAAAUCUACGUGGCUGGAAAGUGCUUUGAAUCUCCCUGACUCGCCAAGGCAUAAAAGACAACCGUCACAACAAGCAUCCUGGGGGAAAGAAAGGCAACCGAGAGGCAGUGUGGAUCUGGGGCGUCGUGGCAGCUUCAAAGAAGUUACCCCAAUUGGCCUUCUGCGCACUGCGCCUCUCGGAGGCCACACCAAGAAGCAAAGCCUCUCGGGGAUUCCUGAUGUUCUCAAAACUCAAGACUUUAGCCCGACCAAGGAAAAAGCGCCAAAUAGCCCAAGCCCAGCCAAGGAGGAGCCUUCCAUAGACGCAAAACCUCUUUCGACUGAUACUUUCUCGUCGGUAAAGACGGAGCCUUCUUCACCAACCAAAUCUGAGCCUACCUCGCCAACCAAAUCCAAGGAGGUUGAAAUACCCCCCGAGGUGCCUGAGGUAGCCGAGGAAAAGCCAGAGGGAAAGCCCGAUGAGCAGCCCGAGGAGCAGCCUGAGGAGAAACCUGAAAAACAACCCGAGGACAACCCCGAGGAUAUCCCGAAACAGAAAUCUGUGCCUCCAGCCUUAUCACCGACCCCCAACAUCAACACCGACGUGCCCCUGCCGUCUCCUCGCGCGCCCAUUCGCGAUCCGUUGUUGAACCGACCGAAGCCCCAAUCACCAGUGGUUGAUUUCAGGGCGAACCUUCGAAAGCGAGAAGCUGUUAAGGACCAGUCCUCCAAUUCGGAGCCGGAGUUUAAAAAUGUUUUUGGAAAGCUCAGGAAGGCAGAAACAUCAAAUUAUGUGGCGCCAGAUGAGCUCAAAAACAACAUCCUCCAAGGCAAGGCGGCUCUGAACAACACCGGCGGCCCGAAGAAGACACAGAGGGUUGAUGAGUUCAAAGAAAGUAUUCUCAAGCAGAAAGAAGCCAUGAAGCUGAACGGGGGCUCUGUGCGACGGAAUACGCUCGAACAAGGCGAUGCCCCCACGGACGCGGUCCCCGAGGCCUUAACGAAGCGCCGGCAUCUGACCAAAUCAAGCAUCGACAGGCCUGAUCUCUCGGCUAUUGGGCUUUCGUCCCCUGCAAAAAAAAGUGUAACACCGGACCGCAGUGCAACACCGGACCGUACGCAUACCCGGGAACCUUCGAUUGAUCCAUUUAAUGACAAGGAGUCCAUCGUGGUGCCCGAGUCUGUACAAAGUUCUCGAGAUGAGCCCAAGCCAGAUUCCGACAGCGUUCCAAUAGAGACCCCAACACCGAGUGCAUCCAAUACCGAGCCAAACAAUCAGCCGGAUGAUGAAGUUAAAGGACUCAAUCCUAAGACUGACUUGCCAAAUGUCGACUCGGUCAAAGCGCAGGAGAAACCAGUAGCAGAGGCCUCUGAACCGGUGCGUCCUCUACCACCGGCAAAUGCCACGCGAAGUGCGCUGCCUGUUAAGGAUGACGUCGUUGCUAAGGGUAGCCUCGCAGGCCGAAUAAACCCUGCCCUGGCAGGUCUCUUAUCGCGUGGCCCGCCUGCUGCGUCCGAUGGGUCAAGAAAGACAUUGCCAGUAUCCGUCCCAGGCGAAAGCACCUCGAACUCCCAAAAUUCAGACUCUGCUCCCACGCUCACACAUGCAACGAAAGCCCGUGCAAGAGGCCCGAAGAGGCGCCCCCCUAAGGUCGCCGCCGCCUCGACAGAUGCGAGUUCAGGCGCGAGAGACCCGAGCACCUCACCAAAGACUACCCAGUCAUCUUUUGACAUAGAUACACCAUCCACGAGCUUCACGAUCGAACAACCUUCGGCUCACACAGGAAGCUGGCCUCUUCCUGACCAAAGUAUAAACUCAGAAGAUGUUUCAGAAAUCCCUUCUAUGCAGUCCUCUCCGCCCGUCACGAAUGUACUAGAGAAGUCCAGAGACAGCUUGCCACCGGUACCCGAGAAGGACACGAGCCCUAAUUUGAUGCCUUCUACGCCGUCACAGAAACCAUUGAUUUUGGAGCGACGAGUCUACGAGCCUGAGGAAAAGUCUCCCUCCAGAUCUGCCUUCAGUCCGUCGCCUCCGGCCAGCUCGCCGCCAAGUGCUCGUAGCAACCAGCCACGAACCUCGUUUGCUCAUUAUUCGUCCCCGUCUCCAUCACCGUUAAGGACAAGCUUUAGGGAAAACCAGUCCUAUCCAUCUCCGCGCAUGCCUGGCUCCCAGAGCUUUGUGAACCAGUCAAGAGACUCAUCACCAUUCCGAAAAUCUUUACCAUCACCACCUGUUCCCCCCAAGGGACCGUACUCCUCCACAGACCAGAUGUCGUCCCCAAGAUCGUCUGUCUCAUUAGUUCCACAAGCUGAUGAGUCCCUUGAAGCUAUCUCUAGCUUCUUCAAGACACUUCCACGCUCCAGUGAUCGUGUCAACAUUGAUCCCCAGUUAAUGUUGACGGAUAAGAAUGACAGCCUAGGAGUUCGAACGUUGAAAAAACAGAUAUGGGAGAUCACGGGCGAAGGCAAUAAACAGGAUCUUCCAGUAAAUCAAGAAUACAUUCUCUACGAAGGAGCAAUGUACUUGUGCGUCCACUCAUUUGAGGAUGAGGAUGGCAACGCACGAUCCGAAGUCCAGCUUUGGUGUGGUGAUGAUGUUUGGGGCGGAGCAGUGGAUAGCGCUCUGCCUUUCGCGCGAAAGGUUGCCCGUGAGAAUGGCUGUAAGCUGGAGAUCGUCAGCCAAGGGAAGGAACCCGCUCGAUUUAUCCAGGCCCUUGGUGGGAUUCUUAUCACGCGGCGUGGUUCAAGUUCCCGCUCUAGCUCCUCGGCCAUCUUUAUGCUUUGCGGACGCAAGCACCUUGGGCAAAUGGUGUUUGAUGAGGUUGAUUUCACACCGCGUAACUUGUGCACUGGCUUUCCAUACGUCUUAUCCGCCAUGUUUGGUAAAGUUUUCUUGUGGAAAGGGAAAGGAAGCUCUGCCGAGGAGAUUGGCGCGGCUCGCUUGAUCGGCAUGGAUCUUGGAUUGACGGGAGAGUUCGAAGAAGUCGCAGAAGGAGAAGAACCUAGCAGCUUCUACGAGGUCUUCCCUCAACAUAAGGAAACAGGAGAUUAUAUGCAAUCCGAUGAUUGGCUUCGGAAACCGGCCCAUGACCAUUUCCGCCACCGUUUACUCCGUGUGGACCAUGAGCUUGGCCAGCGAUCAUUUUGGAUUCGACGUCCAGGUUCAUCGUCUCCAGUGGUUCGUCCAAAUGACACUGUCCAGGAAGUCGAACCAUUCUCCCAAAAAGAUGUUUCACCAAAGGGCAUCUACAUCCUUGACACCUUCUUCGAAAUCUACGUGAUCGUGGGUGACCAAGCUUCCAACAGACCAGCCGAGUUUGCAUCAGCCGUGGUCUUUGCGGCCGAAUAUGGUGUCCUAGCUGCCUCACUUCAAGAUCGACCUUUCAUUCCCAAGAGCUUUAUCUCUCUAGGCGGAACCCCCGAGGCUUGUCGCAGCGCGUUCCGUAAGUGGGCCAGACGCCCACUACAACAACCGCCACAGGUAUUCCCUUUGAAUGCGGCGAUUGACGCGAUCCGAUCCUAA